GAUGGAGAUGCCGCAAAGUGGCUCAAGCUGUGAUUACACUGCGCUACUCAUGCGUCGAGGGAGGUCUGCAAGCCAGAUGUUAAGGCUGGUUCCUUCUUUUUUAUAUCCUUACUCGUCCCCCCUCUUACCCUGCUUCAUCAUGCAUCAAACUUCUGAUUGGAGGCCAUAUUUCAUCUGUGCCGCGUUUGAAAAAAUAUUUAAGUAGCCCAGCAGGCAGUAUGAGUAAUAGGACAACCGUGAGGGUGUUACUGUUUCAAUCAGCAUUCACGUCGCCUUGUGCGCGCUCUUUAAGGAGAGGCGAUGAUAGUUUUAUUGCCCCCCCAUAAAAGGCACUUCCAGAAAAAUAUUAAUUAUGAGAGAAAAAAAAACCAAUAAACCCGGACUUUUUAAGUCGGGAAGGAGAGGUGAAACCGUAGCUUCGUUGUGCCGGGUGCGUGUUUUAAAAGGACUGCAGAGAGGAGGAGAUGCGGUUAUAGGGGAGUAGGCAGCUCAAAGGGCAGUUUCAGAUGGCUCAUAUUCCGCUGUAACUGUACAGCGCGGUGAUAGCGGCAAAGCCGGAGCAGCAAAGCGGACGCACUCGCAGCAUCUGCAGCAUCAACACGUCAGACCGGGCACUUCCAGCGCGUGCGCGCGCAGUGCCAUUCAGGAAACGCCGUGAGACGCACACUUUUCCAAGGGAUGGCCGCGAUAUUUCACAAGUAAUAUGUGCAACACUGAUGUGGGCUUUUUUUUUUUUUAACAAAAAAAACUCCUUCUCCUUUCUCUUCUCUGCUCAGUUGUGUUUCCUCAUUCAUUGUGCGCCCCUAUGAAGAGCAUUAACUAUCCCUCCCUCCAAUCCUAUUGAAAAGGCAGCGAGGAAAAGAAAAAAAAACAGAGGGAGAUGAGAGCAGCAAAUCCCUUUUUUAUUCCUCUCGUAGCGCUCAAUAAGAGAAGAAUGUGUUGCCUAUCAGUCACCGAGGGGAUCAAAUCUUCGGGACUGUCCCACGCGUUCAGUGCGCCUCGCAAAGCAUCACUGAGAUAGACAGAGUGAAGAGGACAUCAGCAGCAGCAGCAGCAGCAGCAUCCUGCCUGGACACUUCACAUCAUUCAGGGAACCUGUCUCCACUCAGGAUCCAUCUAAGUCAAUUAGGACUGCCGGCAUCUCUCAGGUCUUCUCGUCGCAUGUUUGAACCGAAGCCACGAUGAGGAGUCUGGCUCUGCUGUUGGGAGUUAAAGCCGCCUGCAUCCUCCUGGUGUCUUCGCUUUCCCGCACAGGGGCCGUGAACAACAGCGGCCGGUGGUGGGGAAUAGUCAAUGUGGCUUCCUCGUCCAACCUCCUCACCAACUCCAAGAGUGUGCAGUUGGUCCUGGAUCCCAGCCUGGCCCUCCUGAGUCGUCGCCAGCGUCGGCUGAUUCGCCAGAAUCCUGGCAUUCUGCACGCCAUCGCUGCAGGGCUGCACACAGCCAUAAAGGAGUGCAAGUGGCAGUUCCGCAACCGCCGCUGGAACUGCCCAACCACCUACAGUCCAGCGAUUUUUGGCAAAAUUGUCAAUCGUGGUUGCAGAGAGACUGCGUUUGUGUUUGCCAUCACCAGCGCUGGAGUGACUCAUGCUGUGGCCCGAUCCUGCUCAGAAGGGGCUGUUGAGUCGUGUACAUGUGAUUAUCGGCGCAGAGGUCCUGGAGGCCCAGACUGGCACUGGGGCGGCUGCAGUGACAAUGUGGACUUUGGCAAGAUGUUCAGCCGUGAGUUUGUGGACUCCAGUGAGAGGGGAAGAGAUCUGCGAUACCUCACCAACCUGCACAACAACGAGGCCGGAAGAAUGACUGUCUCCUCAGAGAUGCGUCAGGAGUGUAAGUGCCAUGGCAUGUCUGGAUCCUGCACAGUGCGGACCUGUUGGAUGCGCCUACCCAGUUUCCGCACGGUGGGAGAUUUCCUGAAGGAACGCUUCGACGGCGCGUCCAGAGUCAUUUAUGCCAACAAGGGCAGCAACCGUGCCUCUCACCGAGCCGAGCCCAGACAUCUGGAGCCAGAAAACCCAGCUCACAAACCCCCGUCUUCCAUGGACUUGGUCUACUUUGAGAAAUCGCCAAACUUUUGCUCUUACAAUGGGAAAACUGGCACGUUGGGAACCUCUGGAAGAACAUGCAACAGCUCAUCUCCAGGCCUGGAUGGAUGCGAGCUGCUGUGCUGCGGACGUGGAUUUAAGACUCAAACUGAGAGCGUGACUGAACGUUGCCACUGCACGUUCCACUGGUGCUGUCAUGUCAGCUGCCUGAACUGCACCAGCACACGAACGUUACAUCAGUGUCUAUGAUUGAAGGUGGAACAUUUGAGUUAAUAUUUGGGCAUGUAUUGGAGACAAAGAUCGAACUCUUUUUUAAAUGUUUUUUUAAUCGAAGCAGGUUGUUGCUUUAGAGAACGCGAUGCUCUCAAGUUAAGGUGUUCGGAAGAGGGUAUUAAAGUUUAAAUCCAGGUAAAAUGACAAAAAGAAAAAAUUUUCUGGCCCAAAAAUCCUACCUGUGUCUCAGAAGGACAAAGUAAAGCACACGUGUAUGAACAGGGUAUCAAAGGAACACAGGUGCUUACAAUUUUUAACCAUUGUUUUGAGCAAAUAUUUGAACACAAAAAAUAUUUAUGUUGAAGGGAAAUCCCCCCGCCACGCUGAGAAUAGCAUGGAAAUAAAAGGAUUUAGCGAACAGAUCGCAGCAACCAUCAACUAAUGUCCAAGUGGGAAGCAGGGCAGUGUUUCACAGAUGUUUCUGAAGCCACAGAGCAGAGAGCUACAAAUAUGUUCUCCUAUUACCAAGCAAGGAGCACUUUCGACUCCGCUUGUUUACGUAGAGCUUGGAUGCUCCCAACCACUUCUAAUUUCCCUCCAAGUCCCUUCGCUUCUUUAGCUUUCUCCGUUUCUUGAAUCCCUGAAAAACAGAUUUGCCACUUGAACACUUGACCAGAAAAAUGCUGGCAAAUUCACAGUGAGACACCAGACAACUACAUUAUUUGAAUGUAUUAUGAAUACACUGAAUAUUGUGCUAAAUUUUGCAUCAGAAUUGAGAAAUGAUAAAGCUGGCA